CGAGAGAGGACAGCACGCGCAAAGAGGUGCACCUGUAAUCCACGCUACUCACUCGCCGAUGUGUGGAUAGUGUGAGAGCAUCUAGAAGAUAUUCAACACCACGCGCAUACCCAUGCUUGGGAUUUGGCUUUCUUUAUCUUCGCUAAUGCAAAAGGAAAUAUGCAGCGAAGCCUUACACUGCUCUGCACCAGUUUUCUGGGAUUGUGCUUCGGUUCCAGUUUUCCGAGUAAUAUCAACAUAGGAGGGUUAUUCCCAACCGAAUCACACGAAUAUGAAGUGUUUCGUUUUGCGCUCUCGCAUCACCAGGAUAUCCCUAAACUGGUACCUCAAGUGGAUAUGGUCAAAUUGGGCAAUAGCUUCUCCAUGACUUAUGCGUUUUGUUCACAGUUCUCCAAAGGAGUGUACGCAAUCAUUGGUGUCUACGACAGGAAGACCGUCAACAUGUUGAUGUCGUUCUGUGGUGCGCUACAUGUCUGCUUCGUGACGCCCAGCUUCCCUAUGGAAAACUCAAACCAGUUUGUCAUCCAGCUGAGGCCUGAACUGCAGGACGCCCUGGUUGGUGUAAUCGAGCACUACAGGUGGUCCAAGUUUGUCUACAUGUACAGCUCGGACUCUGGACUGUCUGUUCUGCAGAAGGUUCUGGACACAGCAGCAGAACAUAACUGGCUGGUGACCUCUGUGAACGUGGAGACAAUGACAGAGGCGUCCUUUCUCAAAGUGUUCCAGGAUCUGGACAAAAAGAAGGAGGGCCAGAUCAUCAUCGAUUGCGAGCUGGAGAGACUCACCUCCAUUCUGAAGAAGAUCAUCGAGCUGGGGAAGAACGUGAAGAGCUACCACUACAUCCUGGCGAACCUGGGAUUUUUGGACAUUGACCUGACGGAGUUUAAGAAGGGUGAGGCGAAUGUAACAGGCUUUCAGCUGGUGAAUUACGCAGAUCCCAAUGUCAGUAGGACAGUUCAGCAGUGGAUGGAGUUUGACAAUAAAGAUGCCAAAGUUCCCAAGCGAAGACUGAAGUACACUGGAGCUCUCACAUAUGAUGGGGUCAAAGUCAUGUCCACAGCUUUCCAGAACCUCCGCAGGCAGAGGAUAGAUAUAUCUCGGCGCGGAAAUGCUGGAGAAUGUCUGGCCAACCCACCGGCACCCUGGGGCCAAGGCAUCGACAUUCAGAGAGCGCUUCAACAGGUUCGGAUUGAAGGCUUAACAGGACACAUUCAGUUUAACGAGAAAGGACGAAGGACAAACUACUCUAUCAGUGUGAUGGAGCUCAGGCCGACGGGACCGAAGAAAGUGGGUUACUGGAAUGAGGAUGAGAAAUUUGUGAGCACGGCGGCCUACAUCCCGGGAAGUAAUGAGACUUACGGACUUCAGAACCGCACAUAUAUUGUUACCACUAUUCUGGAAUCUCCAUAUGUCAUGCUGAAGAAGAACCACGAACAUUUCACAGGAAACGAUAAGUAUGAAGGUUAUUGUGUGGAACUGGCAGCAGAGAUCGCCAAACACGUGGGAUACCACUACAUACUCAAGAUAGUGGCUGAUGGGAAAUAUGGAGCCAGAGAUGCAGAGACCAUGAUGUGGAAUGGGAUGGUAGGAGAGCUUGUCUAUGGUAAAGCUGAUGUAGCUGUGGCCCCGCUGACCAUCACCUUAGUCAGAGAAGAAGUGAUUGAUUUCUCCAAGCCAUUUAUGAGCCUCGGCAUCUCCAUCAUGAUCAAAAAGCCCACCAAAUCCAAGCCUGGCGUCUUCUCCUUUCUGGACCCUCUGGCCUAUGAGAUCUGGAUGUGUAUUGUGUUUGCUUACAUCGGCGUGAGCGUGGUGCUUUUCCUGGUCAGCCGCUUCAGUCCCUAUGAGUGGCAUGCAGAUGACUGUGAGGACGGAGCGGAGGACAACCCAAACCAGCCGUCCUCAUCAUCCGCCCAACCGGGUCAGAACCAGCAAAACCAGAACCAGCAGAGUCAGGAGCAAACCAACGAGUUCGGCAUCUUUAACAGCCUCUGGUUCUCACUGGGAGCUUUCAUGCAGCAGGGCUGUGACAUUUCCCCCAGGUCUCUGUCUGGCCGUAUCGUGGGUGGUGUGUGGUGGUUCUUCACUCUAAUCAUCAUCUCCUCAUACACAGCCAACCUUGCUGCGUUUCUCACAGUGGAGAGGAUGGUGUCGCCCAUCGAGAGUGCAGAAGAUCUGGCCAAACAGACUGAAAUUGCUUACGGCACACUAGACGCAGGCUCCACCAAAGAGUUCUUCAGGAGGUCAAAGAUUGCAGUCUUUGAGAAGAUGUGGUCUUACAUGAAGUCAGCAGAUCCCUCAGUGUUUGUGAAAACCACAGAUGAAGGAGUUAUGCGGGUGAGGAAAUCCAAAGGGAAGUAUGCAUACUUGCUGGAGUCCACCAUGAAUGAGUAUAUCGAGCAGCGCAAACCCUGUGACACUAUGAAGGUUGGAGGGAACUUGGACUCCAAAGGCUACGGCAUUGCUACCCCCAAAGGUUCCCCUCUAAGAAUCCCAGUUAACCUAGCGGUGUUGAAACUCAGUGAGCAAGCCGUCUUAGACAAACUGAAAAACAAAUGGUGGUACGAUAAGGGGGAGUGUGGAAGCAAGGACUCCGGAAGAAAGGACAAGACGAGUGCUCUUAGCCUCAGUAACGUGGCUGGGGUUUUCUACAUCCUGAUCGGCGGUCUGGGUCUGGCCAUGCUGGUGGCUCUGGUGGAGUUCUGCUAUAAAUCCAGGACAGAGUCGCGCAGAAUGAAGCAAUCCAUCAACGACGCCAUGCACUGCUCCACGCUGACCAGGAUGAGCGGGAACGGCAGCGGCGGGGAGAACGGGCGGAUCGUCACACAUGACUUCCCCAAAGCUGUGCAGACGCUGCCGUGCAUGAGCCACGCGGCCAGCAUGGGCCUGGGAGCCUCUGGCAUGUGACCAUCUUGACGGAGCGGCACGCGUCACAUGUAACGCACGGACCUCCCGUUCACCUGCCGUCUGCCCCUCUGUCUGUCUGCCCGCCCGCAACAGACGACCGUACUGCCAAAAUGCACUCCAAGACUCUUCUCAGUGAAUAGCCACCAAUAAAACUCUUUUCUAAAGAAAAAGAAAACGUUAAAAAAAAGAGGGGGAAAAUGUGCUGCAAUAACAUGCCUGUGGAACUCUUGGGGGGAGGGACAGUGUUCGUUUGUGUCAUGAAUUAAAAAAAAAAACACUUUAAAAAAUAAAUACCAGAAGUUUCGUGUCCGAUUCGACACUCGCGCUGUGCCAAUAUUAUAAAAACAUGUUUACUUCUGUCUGAGUGUGCAAUAUUUUAGUUAAUAUCAGUGUUCAGCAAUGUUGUCUUGAUUUUUCUUUGCGAGGAUUGGCUCUCCUUUUUCAAAUGAAAUGACAAAUACAGCAUUUCUGUAAGUUCCUUUUCCCUUAUACUUACUACAAAAGAGAACCGCCCAGCAAGUAAUUUUUAUGUCUAAUAGAUGUCUAAUAGACGUCUAAAAAUAGUAAUCUUGGCUGAAACAAGGCUAAAUUUGGGCUGUCAGUGAAAAUCUAAUAGACAUCUAAGAAUAGGCCAAAACUAGACUAGUCAUCAAAUAAACAGAAAUCAAUGACAACACUUAUAAAGUCUGUCUAAUUUGAAGACUAGUCUAGUUUUGGGCUAUUUUUAGAUGUCUGUUAGAUUUUCAUUGACAGCCCAAGUUUAGCUUUGUUUUAGCCAAGCUGUCUACGUUUAGAUGUCUAACACAAAAUUGUUUCUUAGGUAAUGAGCAAGACCUAACAAAAGAUUGACAAUUUCCAGUGCCCCAUAAACAACGUUGCUUAUUUCCCUACUGAUGAAACAUAUCAGCUCAUUUAACGGCCUGUCGAUAGUGUAAAUACUCUGAUGUAAAUCUGAAAGCGAGCGAGGGAUUACGUUUGAUUUGUUGUCGAUCGGUAGAGCAUAGCUGAACUGAACUUGUUGAUUAUCUUGCUCUGUGAUUUCCCCACCUCAUGGACGUUGCAUAGCUGCUACGCCUGGUUUCAGGCGCCAUACCUCAUCGGGACCGGGGAGCGAGACGCCACAUGUUUUGAUUGCCACUUCAUUGGGAACACUUCCUGGGAAAGGAGUUGAGUUUGAGCUCAGCAGUGGGUAAAUUGGCUGUAAUGAGCUAGCCUGUCCCCAUCACAAACCAUCGGAUCUCAUUUAAGGAAAGCCUUUGUGAAUGAUGGUGUUGCUGCGACAAAAACGAUGACAAACUACAAAACUACUAUUGUACGUCCACAUGGAACAUUUUAAACUGUCUGCCACAUCCAAAUGUCAGUCAUCUUGCUUAUAUGGGUAAAAUACUCCAUUAAGGCUUUUUUGACUUGCAGUGAGACAGUUCAGUUAGAAGUGAAAAUUCUGCCAUCAUUUACUCGUGUCUCUUUCUAUUGAAACAUAUUUCUGUUGCAGAAUAAAAAAUGAAA